UCUAUGUCCGGGCAUGCCAUAAUUAGAGCAACCAUAGCAUUUUUCAUCCCUUUUUUUGGGGGGGGGGUUCCAUCAUCCUCACUUCUUAUACUCACUCUGGCUCCGUCCCUCCUGCCUCUCUGCUCUCUGCACUCUCUCUCUCUGGGUUUCUAGGCGGAUGUGUGUGGGAUGCCAUGUGGUAGCGUGUGGUACAGUUUCGUAGUGAGGGACUCUGCUUACUAGGUGGUGAUCCAUCUCUCCUUGAGGAGGUUGUGCGGGGACAUUACGACGACGAGUGCUUCUACUGUUACUACUGCUACUACAACUUACACUACUACUACUGCUACUCCUUCUACUGCUACUGCUAGUGCUACUGAGGCUCGAGACAUAUGAGCGCCUCCAAUGGAUUGUACUACGUGAAGAAGAAGUCCCAGUACAACCUGCUGAGCAGCAGCAUGGAGAGCCCUGGCAGCCGCGCCGCCUCCACCAGCCCCUACGGCUCGGAGAACGCCUCGUCAACCCUAUCGUAUCAUUUUCAGCCUUGGAAGCUAAGCGUGAGUCUUUGUCAAAGAGGGGACCAAUACAAACAGAGAGGACUGAAACCUGUGUUUAAAUGGCCUCUCUUCUCCUGUCCUCCUUCUCUCUCACCCUCUCCUCCUCCUCCCACCUUAAUCUCCCCCUCAUCCACCUCUCCUCUCCUCCUCUCACCCCCUCCCACCUCAACCUCACCCCUCACCCACCUCUCUCUCCUCUCCUCCUCACCCACCUCUGUCUCCCUCCUCUCCCCGCUGCAGCACUCCCCGCUGCUGAAGAAGCUGUACUGUCAGAUCGCCAAGACGUGCCCCAUCCAGAUCAAGCUGUCCUCGCCGCCGCCCCACGGCAGUGUCAUCCGCGCCAUGCCCAUCUACAAGAAGGCGGAGCACGUCACCGAGGUGGUCAAACGCUGCCCCAACCACGAGCUAGGCCGUGACUUCAAUGACGGUCAAGUGGCUCCAGCCAGCCACCUCAUACGUGUGGAGGGGAACAACCUGUGCCAGUACGUGGACGACCCGGCCACCGGGAGGCAGAGCACGUUCGUACCUUACGAGGGGCCGCAGGUGGGAACGGAGUUCACCACCAUCUUGUACAACUUCAUGUGCAACAGCAGCUGUGUGGGGGGCAUGAACCGACGGCCCAUCCUCAUCAUCAUCACCCUGGAGACGCGAGACGGUCAGGUUCUGGGCCGGAGUUCGUUUGAAGGGCGGAUAUGUGCGUGUCCGGGCCGCGACCGCAAGGCGGACGAAGACCACUUCAGGGAGCAGCAGGCGCUGAACGACAGCGUGGCCAAGAACGGAAACGCCAACAAACGCAACUUCAAACAGACCCCACAAAACCUCCCCAGCCAGAACGUAAACAUGAAGAAGAGGCGGAACGGAGAGGAGGAGAUCUACUAUAUUCCUGUGCGGGGCAGGGAGAACUUUGAGCUCCUGAUGAGGAUCAAGGACAGCCUGGAGCUGGUGGAGCUGGUCCCCCAGCCGCUGGUCGACUCCUACCGACAGCAGACCCAGCAGCAGCUGCUGCAGCGGCCGAGUCACAUCUCGUCCCCGGCCUCCUACUCCCCUCUGUCCAACAUGAACAAGCUCCACACGCAUGGCGGCGGCCUGAGCAAGCUGCCCUCGGUCAACCAGAUGGUGGGCCAGCAGCACCAGCACAACCACCAGGCCUCCAACAGCAUGGGCCACAUGGGCCCCUCGAUGCACGGGGGCCACCACAUGCAGACCAACGGGGACAUGAACGGGGGCCACGGCAGUCAGCCAAUCGUAUCAACCUCUCACUGCAGCCCGCCCCCUCCAUAUAACCCUGACCCCAGCCUCGUCAGCUUUCUAACCAGCCUGGGCUGCCACAACUGCAUCGACUACUUCACCUCCCAGGGCCUCCAGAGCCUCUACCACCUCCAGACCCUCACCAUGGAGGACCUGGUUUCCCUGAAGAUCCCCGAGCAGUUCCGCCUGGCUAUCUGGCGGGGGCUGCAGGACAUGAAGCAGCAGGGGGGGCCCCUCCCGCCGCCGCCGCCGCCGCCGCCCCCGCCGCCCAACCAUCACCAAGACUACCACCACCACCACCACCACCACGGCCAGCAGCUGCUGCGCUCCAGCAGCAACAUGGCCGCCACCGCCAUGGCCACCAUGGGGCCGGCGGGCGGGGGCGGCGGCGGGGGCGGCGGCGGCGGCGGCGGCGGGGAGCUCCAGCGGCAGCGUGUGAUGGAGGCCGUGCACUUCCGCGUGCGCCACACCAUCACCAUCCCCAACCGGCCCGGCAUGGGGGGUGGCCAGGGGAUGGGGGCGGUGGCCGGGGCGGACGAGUGGCCCGACUUCGGCUUCGACAUGCCGGACUGCAAGGUAUCCCGCAACAAGCACUCCAUCAAAGAGGAGUUCAUGGACAGUGACGUUCGCUAACGGGCGGGGGGGGGGGGAAGGGCGCAGGGGCGCAAGGGGAGGGGGUCUCCGACACCUUUCACUGUAGCCGCUCUAAAGCAAGGGCCUAACCAUUGUGACAUGAUGUUGACACACGUUCAAGAAGAUAGAUUGGGCGAUAACACUUAACUGCGGAGCGAACCUACUUCCUUACUGUUUUGACCUGUUGGGUGUCCUAGGUGUGAACUCAUUGGAGUGAGGUUGGACUACAAAGACGGACCUUUGAUUUGGCCUCAAUACACGUUUCAAUUACAUUUCUAGUUAUCAUAGCGAUUGUAAUAACAGACCUUGCUUGUUGUUCUAACCGAUUUUGUAAUGAGUAACUACACUUUCUUUUGAGAGUAACAGUUGCGGCCGUAAAGAAACAACAGUUAUUAGUCGAUUCAUUUAUUUAUUAUGUUUCUUUACUUGUACAUAUGGUUGUAAAUAUAUGAACAUGUAAAUAUUAGAUACGUAGUUGAAAGGGUAUUCAAAUGAUUAUUAAGGUGUAGCUUCAUGUUAAGUCAAGCGUAUAGAAUAGAAAUAGAAAUGUCGUGUCUCAAGGACAAGAUGGUGAUGUUAAUGGGUCAACGUCUGUGAUGAGUUAGUGAUAGUAGUUAGCUAGUUAGUUCCUAGUACACUUUAGUUUAGCCAUCAUCAACCCACAUCUCAGUGUAAAAUAUGGAACAAGCGGAAGUGGUGGUGAUUACUCAACUAAAGCUAAACAAGAAAGCAGAUAUGAGGUGAUCUACGACCGUUGACAUCUUAAGGAACCAUGAAUCAACAACAGUCCACCAACAUAACAGUAUUAUACGUUGAAAAUGAGUGAUCUAAUUAGCCUUGUGGUAGAUGUUACAUCCACAUUUAUCUAAAUACAUUUCCAGGGAAAGAAAAAAAAAUCUUCUAUUGAGUAUUUUGAAAAACCUUGCAGGGCAAGGUUCCCAUAUAUUGAUGAACUAAAAUCUAGCUCUUUAUCGGUGUAUCUCUAUGGCGCAUGACUGUGGAUGUUGUGAAGAGCAACAUUGUUCCCUCAAAAACACCAUCAAUGUCAUUGAUCAUAGUGCGACUGUCUGUAUCGGUACUGUAAAAUUAAGUAGUGUGAAUAAGUCAUUUACUGACUUUAUGACUCUUAUUUGUAAACGUCUUGCAAUUAUCGCUAUUAAAAAACGAGUUAUCGUCUAGCACAGGAACGAAAGUAAACUGCUGUUUUUUCAACUGUCACACACAUGGCCUCAGUCAAUAUUAGCCUGACAUAGCCUACACACAGACACAGACACCUAGGCUACACUCACACAUUCACACACACAAAGUACACAAACUGGUAACAAAAACAGCACUUUAAUGCUUUAAAGGGACUUUGAUUUAGGUAACAUGUGCUUAUGAGCAGUAUUAUGUUUUUCACUAAGUGGAUGAAACAUCACGUUUUAUAUUGUUUUCCUGUUGAUUUGGUCAACAUAGUAAAGAUGUGGAUAUGAUAUGAUGUAUCUUACUGUUUGUCAAUGUCGGUCUGUUUUGUAAAGUUGUAAGGUACAGUGUUUUUCUUAUAAACUAUGAAUUAAAGUG